AUGACAGAUACAGCACCUGAAUUCAAGGCUACGAAUAAGCCCUACAAAUGGCUCAAACGCGAAAUCGAAUCCUCAGAUCCCUACAAAGAUUAUGUCAAGAUCUGGAGACUAUCCAUUGAAUACACAAGCGGGGGCGACUUCGUGCAGAAUCUCCUUUACGCAUAUACAUUCGCCAACUUCGUUGCCACAGAAUGGGUCUCAGAUGUGAUGUGGCGUAACGGUAGCGGAAAAGUGCUCACUCAAGCGACGGAUCGAGCCAGCGAGACGCAAUACCAUUUUUGCACCUGGUGGUACUAUGGACCGCAUCACCCCGAAACAAGGAAAUCCAUUGACACCAUUAACAAGCUCCACAGAAGCUAUGCCAAGAGCUACCCGGGUCACUUCUCACAUACGGACGAUUAUAUCUAUCUGUCUGGGAUUACAGAAAAGCAGAAGAUAGCAGCCCAUCUGUUCUGGAAAGAGAUGUCUCGUCUGUUCUUAGUCGAGGUACCUGGGCAGGAUUGGAAACCCCUUUCGGAGUUUUCCGGCUUCCCGGAGGAUUGGGAUGGGAUGUAUAGCUUCUGUGAGGAUGUCGAGGAUCAUCAUAUGGUAGUCACCGAUAAGGGCCACAUGAUUGCGGAGGCAUUGUUCGAUCAAUUUGCAUUUCGGUAUUUUCCCCCUCUACUCCGGCCCCUGGGCCGUGCUUUGCCCAUUUCUCUUAGUCUUCCUCAGACGCUAAAGGCACACCGGAUCAAAGAAGUGAACCCGGUCUUGGCCUGUAUGACUCUCUUCGUGAUUGGAACAUUCAUAUGGAUCAUGGAAACAUUCUUUCCUGAUCCAAAGAUUAGCUAUCAAGAAUCUCUGCGGAUGCGGUCAGCAGAUCAGAACAGGAAGGUCAAAGAGGAGAAUACAAAGGUAGAUGAGGCUUUCCCUGCGUGGUUUGCCCGGCAGCAUCAGGGACGUGCAGCAUCAUGUCCAUUCACUGCACCUGUGAAGCAGGGCUUAUAA